CUUUGUUUUUCAUAGAAAGGCGGGGUAGAGAGACUUUCUCUCUCUCUCUCUCUCUCUCUUUCUUUUUCUCUUUCUCUCUCAAGAGGGCACUACUGUUGGUUGGAUAAAAGUACGAGGGAGGGCGGGGAGAAGUUUUCACUAUUGUUUCACUCUACCUCGUGCUGCAAAACGUCUCCCAACGAAUCUGCAUCUGGUACUCCUCAAAGUAAAUUUAAAUACUUUGGAAAUAAUUUCAAGAUUGAAAAGAAGAAAAGUUUGAAAAAAUCGAAAUUAUGUCACCUACUUUUAGACCAGAGGAUAAAUUCCGCCUUAAAAAGGCGAUAACGGACACAAUCGAAAACUUUUGCAAAGCGAAUUUACCGAAUGUCAAAUACAAAGUUUUCGGAACGAUUGGAAUUGAAUCGGAAGAUGACGAUUCUGCGAUUAUGCACUUUUCAAAAGAGCUUGCCGCGCAAAGGCAACUUCCUCUUUUGACGAGAAUAAUCAAUCGUGCGAAAAGAAAUCUAUCGGAAUCGUCAUCGUCGUCGGAUCCUGGACGCCGUAGUAGAACAUCUUGUAUAGCAGAAUGCGAUUCCAAUCGUUCGGUAAAUGGGUCAGAUGCUUUGUCAUCGGAGAAUGGAGACGAAGACUACGACCAAGUGCGGGAAGUACGUCGUGGCUCAGACUCGCAUGAUAACUCGGAGGCGGAGCUUGGAGCUGAACAAGCCGAAUCACCAGUAUCGAUAUUUAACUGUAAUCACUGCAAUUUUGCGUCGUCAACUGCGUAUGAACAUUAUAGGCAUCUGCGUCUCCAUUCAGCAUUUACAGAUACUAGAAGAGGCUACGCUUGCCUCCAGUGCAACGCGACCUUUUUGGAUGAGCUCUCUCUACGCUUGCAUAUCAGAUUGCACGAAGAGAGACCUCAAAUUCCAAGCAACUAUGGAAGCUAUGCAGCUUAUAGAGAUGCUUCUACUGGUAGUGAACUGAGGCCAGACAUACCUCCUUCGGCUGAUAGAAGCUUCAUACCUCUCGUUAGACGCAUCAGAAGACCGUUCAGAUUCAUCAAUUUGGUUUCGGAACCGGAAGUUCAGAUUACUGCAUAUUAUGCAGCACCAUCGCAAUCUUCAACUCAAACUCCUAGGAACGAGCAACGUGACGACGAUUCAAAAGAUCUUUCCAUUGAAGAGAUCAAUAGACAGUUGAAACGUCGGUUAUCAUCCAGUAUAAAGGAGUUUAUUGAAGAGAAACUGACACAAUCGAAAUACACUGUAAUUGCAAAAAUUAGAAUAGAAGGGCAGCAAUGUCUAAAUGUCGAAUUUGAUAAGAGUUCAAUAGAAAGUAGCAAAAACUGCGAACAAACUCCUCAAUCAAAUUCCGUCGAAAGUAAACAGAAAGCGAAUGAACAUAACCAACCUGCCAGGGUUAAAACCGCCCUUAAACCAUCCGAUAAAGAAAUUGACAAACGGAAUAAAGGCGAAAAUAUUAGUAGAGAAGCCUACAAAGUUCCUACGGAAGAGCCCAAAUCUACAGUUUUACGUAGUCGAUCUAAUAAGAACAAGUCGGUGGAUGCUGAAAGAUGCCAGAUGACAAGUACUAGGAAAAGAUCUAAUCAACCAGUUAUCGAAUUAAGAAAGUCUACCCUAUUAAAGAGAAUACAAUGCGAAAAUCGUAUAGUUAAGGGAGUAGAUGCUAAAUUUACAAAAUCCAAACGUCAGAAAGGUGAUGGAAAAUCAAAGAGAAACGAUAAUGCUGCUAUUACACCAGAAAAUCUUAAAUUUAAAUUAGAGCAACCUUUAACAAGUACGCCAACAUCGAAUGAACAAAAUGUUGUUGUUACAAAGAGUAGCAAUUUCUCAUUCGCCGAUCAAGUUCCUGAAGGUGAAAAUAUUAAUAGGUCAUUGGAAACAGUUGAAAAAGAUUCCAAAAUUAUAAAUAAUGUUGAUGCUGAAAAGAAUACCGAUACAGAAACUAAACACCUCAAUGUCGAUAACGAUAAUCUUGGGAAAUUGUGUAAGCGGAAGAGGAAAGUAAUUCGUUUCUAUAGCUAUUCAAGAGAAAGUAAAACUACCGGAAAACUUAAGGACCAGCUAACAACUUGCGAAGAUGAUAAAAUAAAUAACGAAAAUAGUAAAGAAACACCAAAAAAAGACAAUAGGAAGUUAAACUCGUCGAAUUUAAAAAACAAUGAGGUUAUACAUCAAUUAGAGAAUGAUAAAUCUGGUCAAACAAUCGAUACUAUUCAAUCCAUAAACGUACAAGAAAAACCAUUACAAGAUUGUUAUGAUGAUAGAAAGUUAGAGAAAGUAGAUGAACAUUCAAGUAAUUCAUCGAAAAAAUCAACAACUGACUUGAAUAUCGAAGAAAACAAGGACAAUAAAAGCGAAAUUCUAUUACCAAUUAAAGCUAACGAUAAUUCCAAGAAUAAAAAUGUUGGGAAAAUCAUUCAUACAAACAAAUCGAAUAAUAGAAAGAAAUCGGCAAUUGAUAAGCCUAUUCAACAAGACGUUGCAUCUAUAAAAGUAAAAGAUAAUGCAAUUACAGUAAAUAAUAAUUCCAAGGCUGCUAAUAAAAACGCUGUUGAUAACCACAAAAGCGAAAAUAUUGCUUAUGACAAAGAUCAACAAGUUGUAGGAAGAGAAGAUAGUAAAGUUAUGGAGAAAACUGUUACUAAAACUAACAAAGAUCGUCAACUGAAUAGAGAUGCUGCAGCUGUAGAAGAAGAUGCUAUGGUCGUAGUUAAAAAUAAUUCAAAGACUAUUAGUAAAACAAAAUGUAAUGAUAAUAAAGAAUCGCAAAUUUUUGAUAAAGAUAAAAAGAACAAAGCUGAUAGAGAUUUUCAAGAUAUUGAAGCUGCAGACAAAGAGGAGAAUAUUGUCAUAGUGAGAAGGAAAAAAGCGAGUGGCAAAGAUGCUAGCAAAAAUAUAAAUGAAAAUGAUAAAAAAUCGAAAGUUAUUGAUGAUAAUGAAAAGAAGAAAACAACUGAUAAGGAUAAUGAGAAUGAAAAAGUUAAAACUAAAAAUACUAUAAACGGUAGCGCAUCCAUACUGAGAGAGAUUCUUAAAACUGUCCACAAAAACACUAAUGGCAAUAGUAAGCACUCAGAAAGAAAGAUGGAAAAGAGAGUUGAUAAUGAUAAAGAUACUAUUGCCGUUGAAGUAAAGGAUAAUAAUACCAAAGAUACUAAUAAGAAAACAAAAGAUAACAGCGAUCAUAAAGAGAAAAGGAAAGUUGUCAGAGACAGUGAAAAAGUUUCAGAUAUUGCAGUUGUAGAAGAUAUAGAUAAGACAAUAGUAGCGAACGAUGAUUCCAACGACAGUAAGCAGAAGAGAGUAGAUAAAGAAAACCAACAAGUUAAACUUACAGUCGCUAAUGGUUCAUCUGUAAAAGCGGCCGAAUUAGAAGAUUCAGUAGUUAUUAUCAAUGACCCACCCGAUGAGGAUUUGGGUGAAAGUUUAAUAGGUAAGUUUAACAUUUUACCAGAGAUUGAAACUACCAAAGUUCCAAAGUUACCCGAAGGUGGAUUUCAACCUAAGAGACGUUUGUACACUUGCUGUUGUGGUGGUAAAUUCUAUGGCGAAGAACUAUAUACAUAUCAUAUGGCUAAUUGUGUAUAUCGAAUUGUAGAGAAUUUAAAAACUCGUAGUUUAAUGUGCAAGUGCAUUAUGCAAGAAAACCAAAUAGAACAUUCGAACGUUGACGACAUAUUUUUGGAAGGGAAAGGAAGUGAAAAAAGAAAGAAAAAAGGAAGAUAUAGACAAACAGAGAGAGCGAGAGAGAGAGAGGCAGAUGGAGAGAGAGGAGAGAGACAGAGAGUCCCUGCAUUAGAUCCAAGAGAAAGGAAUCGUUUAAAUGUCGUUUUGAGCGAAGUGGUUGAGAUGUUUGUAAAGGACCAUGUAGAAGACCAGCAUUUCAAGAUGUUUGGAACAAUUGGUAUUGAAUUAGAUAAUAAGGAUGCAGUUGUUUUUCAUUUUGAAAGAGAUAUUUUGAAUGCAAGCCGUAAAAAGGCGGGUUCUGCCCCUUAUGGUCUAGAUAUCAAGCAGGAGAGAGAUUUGGCGACACAGUCUAAUGCUGUUAGAGCGGCCGUUAAGGUUGAAAAGCCUAAGGUUAAGAAACCGGAAAAUGACAUUAUCGAAGAGCGUCCGUAUGCUGAGUUUGACGAAUUGCCAUCGUUGAGAGAAGAACAUACAAUUAAUGAGGAAAAAGCUACACCGAAGAAAAAGAUUUUCUCUUGCAAUAUGUGUUCGCAAGUGUUCGACACGAAAGUUGAACUGCAUAAUCACGAAAAGCUUCAUAGCGAAUCGGCCGAAAGCGCUACAACUGACGACGGAAAUGAUAUUGUUAAUCCGACAUCAACCGUUGAUAAUUCGGCUUCUGCUACGGCUGCUUCUGUUAACCCAGCUAUUAGUGACAGUGCUAUAGCUGAGGCUGCUUCCAUUGCUGUUCGUGAAUCAAAGGGGUCGGGAUCGAAGAAGCAUGCUUGUUCCUAUUGUUCAAAAGCUUUUACUACAGCGUACAACCUUACCAACCAUAUUCGAACCCAUACUGGUAUGUGAUUUAUUUAUUACUUAUCAGUUGACAAAGAAUAUCAUUGCAAUUUAAUUAGAUAACGUAGACUAGGAUAUUUGUAUUAAAACGAGAUUACCUAUCGACAGUUUUUGACUGCAUUACAUUCAG